AGGCACUUUUCUCCUCUCUUGCCCUCAGUUUUGGGAAGUGCAUGUGCCUGAAGGAGCUGUUAGUUAGUGGAUUGCAUUAGUUCCUCAGCGCUGCUGAGUGAGCAAGCAAGUUGCUUUGGGGUGCAUUAAACUUACAACAGUUAUCCACGUGACAUGGCCUCUACAGCAAGCAACACCAGCAAACUUGAGAAACCAGUGUCCCUUAUAUGGGGGUGUGAGCUGAGUGAGCAGAACAAGACAUUUGAGUUUAAGAUAUCGGAAGAUGAGGAUAAAUGCGAGCAUCAGUUGGCGCUGCGCACAGUGUGUCUGGGGGACAAGGCAAAGGAUGAGUUCCACGUAGUAGAAAUCGUUACAAAAGAGGAGGGAGCGGAAAAACCAGUUCCAAUUGCCACGCUAAAGCCUUCUAUCCUGCCCAUGGCAACCAUGGUUGGCAUUGAGUUGACCCCUCCAGUUACUUUCCGGUUAAAAGCUGGUUCCGGCCCAGUGUACAUCAGUGGCCAGCAUGUAGCAAUGGAGGACGACUACUCAUGGGCAGAAGAGGAAGACGAAGGGGAAGGUGAAGAAGGAGAGGAGGAAGAAGAGGAAGAAGAUCCAGAAUCUCCACCCAAAGCUGUAAAGAGGCCUGCAGCUACCAAAAAGGCAGGCCAGGCCAAGAAGAAGAAACUUGACAAAGAUGAUGAGAGCUCGGAGGAAGAAAGUCCAGCCAAAAAGGGCAAAGGUGCAGGAAGAGGAAGAAAACCGGCUGCUAAGAAAUGAACCUCUUAGAACUCUUGCUGGAUUGGGAGAAUGCUGGAAAUCUAGAAGAAGCUGCGUUCCAUGCCCCUCUCCCUGUUCCCUCCUGUGUAAUUUGUUUUGUUCUUGUUUAAAUAAAAUAUAAUUAACUUUA